CUUCUAAAAACGCCCAUUCACCCAGGCUGAAAGGCCUUUUUAAGUCUUUUACAUCUUCCAUGCACCUAAUAACGUAACAAAACCGGUCCAGCACACCUACUUUCAUCUUCACCUUCAUCUUCACCUUCGCGUUCUGUCCAUUUUCUUCCAAAGUCGUCCCUCCCGAUCAAGCCCUCGAAAAUCAAACCGCCACAACUUCAUCUUGGCAAUCAAAUUCACAACGACGACGUACCCUCAAGAGUACUCAAGAUGCAUCGUUUCAACGCCUGGUUGCUACUAAAUCUGUUCCUCGCGAUUGCCGUUUUCACAGGGCCGGGGACAGCUGAUGAUCCGAAGUGUGGGGCGUGCGCCCAAAACUCCCCACCACCACCACCACCGUCUCCGCCUCCGCCGUCACCGCCGCCGCCAUAUCAGAAGCCGUGUCCACCACCACCUGCCCCGAAGAAACCGGCAACCCAAUACUGCCCUCCGCCUCCAUCAUCGUUCAUAUACAUAACUGGUCCGCCGGGGAACUUGUAUCCUAUUGACCAGGAUUUCGGUGGUGCCACCCAGAAUUCGAUCAUGAGGCUGCCUGCUUUGGUCGCCUUGGGAGGAUUGUUGGGUCUUCUGGCUUUUUGGUGACUUUAUUGUGGCCGGCCGGAAGAUUCGGAAUCAAAGAAGGUGUAUUAAGAUCAAGAUUUUAUGGACACGGGAAUUUUGUCCUCGAUCGGUAUUAAUUAGUCCCUGAUCACUUCGGUACAUGUUUUUAUCGAAAUUGUUCGAUAAUCUUCAAUAACAAUUAUCUAGUCUCAUAUGUGUUGCCAGUUGUGUAAGAAUCUACGCUCAUUUCUCUUAAAGAUUUGCUCCUUAACUUUUGUCA